AUGUUGGCAGCUACACGGAAAAUAUUAUUUCUUGAACAAAUCUUGCUUAAUUUGAGGGUCAUAACCGAACCCAAAGAACCGAACCCCCAAGAACCGAACCCCCAAGAACCAAACCCCCGAACCGGACCCCCAAGACCCGAAAACCAAGAACCCGAAGAACCGAACCCUAAGAACCGAACCCCCACCCCCAAAACCAAACCCCCAAGAACCGAAAACCCCCAAGCCCGAACCCCCAAGAACGAACCCCAAGGAACCCCAAGAACCGAACCCCUAAGAACCAACCCCAAGAACCCCGACCAAGAACCCCCAACAAGCCGAACCCCAAGAACCGAACCCCUAAGAACCGAACCCCAAGAAACCAAACCCAAACGACCCCAAAGAAACCGAACCCCCAAGAACGAACCCAAGAACCAAAACCCCAAAGAACCGAACCCAAAACGAACCCCAAAACCGAACCCCAAAAACCAACACCCCAAGAACCGAACCCCAAAAACCGAAACCCCCAAGAACCGACCCCAGAACCGAACCCAAGAACCGAACCCCGAAACGCCCCAAGAACCAAAACCACCCACAGGAACCGAACCCCAAAGAACCAACACCCAAGAAACCGAACCCGCAAGACCGAAACCCCCAGAACCGAACCCCAGACCGGAACCCCCCAAAAAAACCCCAGAACCGACCCAAGAACGAACCCCAAGAACCGAACCCCCAAGAAAGAAACCAAGAAACCCCCAAGAACCAAACCCCAAGAACCGAAACCCCAAACCAAACCAAAACCCCAAGAAACCCCCAACCCCCCAAGAAACGGACCCCCAAGAACCGAACCCCAAGAACCGAACCCCAACCCGAACCCCAAAACCCCCCAAGAACCGAACCCCAAGAACGAACCCCCUAAGAACUGAACCCCCAAGAACCGAACCCCAAAACCAACCCCCAAAACCGAAAGAACCCCAAGAACAAACCCCAAGAACCAAACCCCCAGAACCGAACCCCAAGAACGAACCCCAAGAAACCGGACCCCAAGAACCGGACCCUCAAGAACCGAAACCCCAAGCCCCAAAAACCCCCAAGAACAAACCCCCAAGAACCGAACCCCCAAGAACCAAACCCCCAAGAACCGAACCCCCAAAACCGAAAAAAAAAACCCCCAAGAACCGGCGACACCCCAAGAACCCCAAAAACCAUCCCCAAGAACCGAACCCCCAAGAACCAAAUCCCCAAGAAGCGAACCCCAAAGAAACCGACCCCCAGGAAGGAACCCACAAGAACCGACCCCCCAGAACCAAAUCCCCAAGAAACCAACCCCGAAACCAACCCCAAGAACCACGCAUGGAAACCCCCAAGAACCACGCUGGAAACCCCCAGAAGCCACGCUGGAACCCCCAAGCACUCCCAAGAACCACGCUGGACCCCCAAGGCACCCAGCUGGAACAAAGAACUCCCAAGAACCACAACCACACUGGAACCCCCAAAAGAACCACGCUGGAACCCCCCAAAACCACGCUGGAACCCCCAGAAACCCGCUGGAACCCCAAGAACCACGCUGGAACCCCCAAGAACCACGCUGGAACCCCCAAGAACCGAACCCCAAGAACCACGCUGAACCCCAAGCUGGAACCCCCAAGAAACCACGCUGGAACCCCAAGAACCACAACCCCAAGAACCACGCUGGAACCCCAAAAACCACGCUGGAACCCCCAAGAACCACGCUGGAACCCCCAAGAACCACGCUGGAACCCCCAAGAACCACGCUGGAACCUCGGAACCGAAGGUGACCGCAUGUGGCGCUCAUUCCCCCUCGAAGUGGGAAUGAGCGAAGAAGCCGUAAAAGUUUCACACUCGGGUCGUGGUUUUUAUCGCUUCCCUUCGAGGCGCGAAAGGCAUCGUGUGCGUCUUGGCGUCCGAGGGCCUGCGGUUGUCUUGGCGAAAGCUCAACGCGACCCCAAGACCAAACCCCAAGACGAACCCCCAAGAACCGAACCCCAAGAACAAACCACCAAGAACCGACCCAAGAACCCGCUGGACCCCAAAACCACCUGGAACCCACCUGAACGAACCACCUUGGAACCCCAAGACCGAACCCCAAACAAACCAAAACCCCAAGAACCAAACCCCCAAGAACCGAACCCCAAACAACCCAAAACCCCCAACAACCCAACCCCCAAAAACCACCUUGGAACCCCCAAAACAAACCCCCCAAGAACCAAACCCCAAGAACCGCAACCCCCAAGAACCACGCUGGAACCCCAACCCCAGCCCCCAAGAACCACGCUGGAACCCCAAAGAACCACGCUGGAACCCCCAACCAACCCUGGAAAACGCCCAGAACCACGCUGGAACCCCCAAGAACCACGCUGGAACCCCCAAGGAAGGACGCUGGAACCCGUCCAAGAACCACCCCUGAAGCGCCCUAGAACCACGCUGGAAUCCCCAAGAACGCACGCUGGAACCCCAAGAACCCACGCUCUGAAAGAACCCGCGAGCUGGAACCCCAAGAACCCCGCUGGAACCCCCAAGAACCCCGCUGGAACCUCGGAACCAGGAAUGACCGCAUGUGGCGCUCAUUCCCCCUUGAAGUGGGAAUGA